AUGCAGCAUUCAGGUGGUCCUUACGGCGAAAACCUAGCCUCUGCAUUUCCCCAGCUCAACGCGGCUGGUGCCGUGCAGCAGUGGGUCAAUGAGAGGCAAUGGUACAAUUAUAAUUCGAAUACUUGUCAAGCUGGUAGAGUAUGUGGACAUUAUACUCCAGUGGUAUGGCGUAACUCGGUACGUCUUGGUUGUGCUAGGGUCAGGUGCAACAAUGGGUGGUAUUUUAUAACUUGCAAUUAUGAUCCACGUGGUAAUAUGAGCGGUCAACGUCCAUUCCUUGUUGAAGAGCAACCAGACUUUGAUUCCAACUGA